CCCACUUGGCUGAUUUUCAAAACUAUCAUAAGAAAAUUCGAGUCUAAUUUACAUGUAUUAUAUUUAGAUUAGGUUGUGUUGACAAUUAGUUUGAGGCUUAUCCUUUGGUCGUAUUGUUUAUCUAUUUAAGGAGUGAUCUUGUUAAUAUGAUGAGCACUCCACAAUUGGAGCUUCCGGCAAACAGACUAGAAGGAAAGGUGGCUUUGAUCACUGGUGGGGCAAGGGGUGUUGGUGAGAGCAUGGCAAAGCUCUUCUGCAAACAUGGAGCAAAGGUGGUGAUUGCAGACAUUCAAGAUCAACUAGGACAAGCCGUACAAGAAGAAAUUGGAACUCAACAUGCAACUUAUGUACAUUGUGACGUGUCCAAAGAAACUCAUGUUGAAAAUGCGGUUAACGCAACUAUAUCCAAGUAUGGAAAGCUAGACAUAAUGGUGAACAAUGCCGCAACAGCAGAUGCUGCUAAACCCAGCAUUCUUGACAAUGAUGUGACUGAAUUUGAACGUGUUGUUAGUGUGAAUCUGGUAGGUCCCUUCUUGGGAACAAAGCAUGCAGCAAGAGUGAUGAUCCCAGCCAAAAGGGGUAGCAUAAUAACAAUAGGAAGUGUUAGUUCAAGCGUUGGAGGGGUUGCAACUCAUGCAUACACAAGCUCUAAGCAUGCCAUUGUGGGACUCGCAAAGAAUACAGCUGCUGAGCUUGGAAAAUAUGGCAUUAGAGUGAAUUGUUUGUCAUGCUACUUCAUCAGUAAUACAGCUGCAAAAGAGCUCUUCAAACUAGAUGAUGAUGGGUGCUCAAGAGUUUAUUCAAAUCUUAAAGGGGUUGCUUUGAAAGAAGAAGAUGUUGCACAAGCUGCACUCUUUUUGGCUAGUGAUGAGUCUAAGUACAUUAGUGGCCAUAAUCUAGCUGUGGAUGGAGGCUUUACAACUAUUAAUCCAAUUUUCGGUUUGUUUUCACAAUCUUAAGUGUUAAAUCUCAACCAACAUGGUGCAAUGUUGUUAACAAAUAAUUAAGUAUGAGUUUGAUCUUGUUUUUAUGGAAGAACAUGAGUUAAGAGUCUUUUAAAUAAAUCUUGGUAUAUUUAUGGAUUGGUUUGUGAGUUUUGAAUCUCUU